AUGGAUUUAGUAGAACGUUGGCACAGAACCCUAAAAGCUGCACUGAUGUGUUCUUCUGAACCGUGGAUCAAGACACUACCCUACGUACUACUUGGUCUACGGAAUUCAUUCAAGGAAGACAUCAAGACAUCAGCAGCAGAGAUGGUUUACGGAACCACACUGAGACUUCCAGGUGAUUUUUUCAAUACAUCUAAUAACUCACAGAAUCCACAGGUCUUUCUAGAGAAUCAUCGCCGAAUCAUGUGUGCAUUGAAACCAACUCCAACAGCCCACCACAACAAAUCCAAGAUUUUCAUUUUGAAAGAUAUGGGCACAUGCACACAUGUAUUCCUCAGAGCAGAUCAUGUACGAAAGCCCUUGGAACCACCUUACAGAGGACCCUAUGAAAUACUUGAGCGAGUUUCUGAUAGGAUUUACAAACUUCGCGUUAAUGGGGCCGCAAAGAACUUCGCUGUUGAAAGGCUAAAACCAGCAUAUAUAAAUAAAACAGAUGCAGAUUACGAAUCACUUUCUCAACCACUUCAUACACAUCCCUGGGAGUCAUCAAAGGAACCUACAAAGAAAACAGCCAAAAAGAAAGUUGCGUUCAAUAUUUGA